GAUAUAUAAAUCUUUCAGUUUCGCUUUACGCUGCCAGUCUACAGUGCCAGUUCACCACGUCAUGGGUUUGCGUAGUGUCUAUGUCCCCUUAACGCCCAUCUUUGACUCGGACAACGACUCGACGUCUCUAGACGGCGAUCAUGACAUGGCCGGUGGCUACGAGUCCCCUUUAACGGACCUGGAAGAGUCAGAAGACAGUGCCGGUAGUAGCGGGUAUAGCAGCCUGGAGGAGACAUUCAGUGAAUCAAGCGGUAGUGAAUAUGGCGGAAAGACACAUCAUAAAAAACAACCCGCAAAAAAGCGCGCUAGGGUAGCUAACUUGAAAGCACUCAACACCGGUGUGGUACUAGCAACAAAUGGCUCUGGCAGAAAGAAGAAAACCCUUAGUCUCAUCGUCACUAUGCCGAUUGACAUUCUUUUCGAGAUUUUUGGCCUUUUGGAACCGACAGACCUUUUGCAUCUGUCACGCACGACCAAAGCUUUCCGGAAGGUUCUCUUAUCUAAUAAUGCAGUCUCAGUCUGGAAAGCUGCCCGCGUCAAGCGUGGCGGUGUUCCCAACUGCAUGCCUGGCAUGUCUGAGGUCGAAUGGGCCAACCUGUUAUUUGGUGGUUCUCAGUGUUAUGUGUGUGGCACCAAGGGAAUUAUGAGGGUAGACUUCGGUAUCAGACGCAGAGCAUGUACCUCGUGCCUCAAGAAAAACCUGGUCUAUAAGCCCAACUUUUCAUCAACAUUUCCGAGCCUCGAUCCGAUCAUCAUGGAUUUAACACCGUUCACUAACAUCGGUGGAUGGGCUCAUGGUCAUGCCAGUGGCAGCAAGUUUUUUUGGUCGGACGACAUACUGAAAGUAGCAGCUCAGUUGGGGAUGUAUCAGAAGGAUGUGCACAUGUUCAAGCCAGGUGCCAAGAAAAGGCUGGAAGACUUCAAGCAAUCUCGCAAGAGAUAUGUUCAUUCUGUUUUCAAUCAUGUUACGGUCUGCGAUGCUUGGGUCAAUAGGGACCGCGAACAUCGUCAAUUGACGGUCACUGAGCUUCGCAAGCAAAAUAAAGAGUUGAUUAAAACUAGAUUAACUCGCCUGGGCCACGAUACCAACGAUGUGGCGCGCAUGUUACAUAAUCGUGAUUAUGCCAUCGAUAAGGAACUUACCGAUGCACGGUGGAAACGUUUACUCCCAAGAAUCGAGCGCAAUCUUUCUGAAUUGAAGGAACAGUGGCAUAUGUUUGACAACUACGUGCGGCAGUUGCAAAGGGGACCCGCACCCCCUUUUGAAUUCUUUUUGGAGCGCUGUGAUGUCGGGGACUUUAUCAACGGUCCGCCUGCUAUGAAACCAGAAAGCGAUAUCAGUGCUUGUCAUGCUUUUGCCGACAAAUUCCCCGAAUUUUGCACUGGGUAUGUCCAUCAAACGAAGCUGGCACUGAUCCAAAGUCUUGGCUCUUUUUCCGGUAUAUCGCAAGAUACCCUGGCGCUACAAAAUCAGGGUAUCAACACCCCCGAAGAAAUCAUACUGCAAUUAGCCACUUCCAUUUUCCAAUGCGCUGCCUCACGCUCUCUGCCUCUGAUCACAUGGGAUAAAGUUCAGUAUCAUAAAUGCCACACAUAUCGCGCAUGGUCGACGAUGAAAGUAGCUUGCACAUUUUCGAUCUCUCAAUCUGGUAUUCUUGCCGCUCGCUCUUUGUUACGUUUAGUUGGCCUUGAUGUCAAAACUACGGCUGCAACUACCAUGGAUCAACUCCAGCAUCUCUUUUUUUGCUCCAACUGUCCACCCAAGCAAGAAAACGGGGGAUCUUACCGGAUGGCGAUGGACUGGCGUCGGAGUGUCAUCCAUUGCGUCGAGCAAUCGCACAGAGAACCUCGCUGGGAGCUCUUGAGUGCUGCGCAACUUCAAGUGAUCCGAGGCUCACGUGCUCCCGAAUAUCCUAAAGCUACUGAUCCAGUGUGGUACUGUAACCAGUGCGAUAGGCAUAACGGAAAACCAGUUAACAAGGCUACUGUCAUUGAUCAUAUACGAUGGCAUGGAACCACCGUUCCGAAACAAGGAGUCGACUUUAGUUAUGACAUGGCCCCUGUCGAGCCGCCACCAGGAAUGAAGUUCUUCAUUUCCCCUCAGCUGCCCCGGCCCUCGACUAAAUUCCGACUCCCGACUAAACCCCAACCCCCGAAUAAUGAUUAUCGCUGCAUACACUGCAAUCGCUCACAACGGUGUUUCAUAUUGGACGGUGUCAAGCAGCACAUCAAACACAAGCACAAAGUCGGCUCCCCAGUUGAAGGGACAGACUUCUGUAAAAUAGUAAUGGUCGCUCCGUAACCUCCUUCAUCUUUCGCCCCAUAAGCCCGUUAAUACAUCUCUCCAGCGGUCACGUACGCCGACUGAUAUUUGCCUCGCCAGCCCUAAUGUCUAUGUACUUACCCCUGACUUUUUGUCUACUGUCAAAUGAAUGAGACUCAUUGAAUGCUAAA